AUGAAGGACGACGAUGAGCCUAAGUCACUGGAAGAACCAGAGGAUGAAGGGCCAGCAUAUCCUACCGUCGUCUUACAAGCUUGGCGGAAUAUGCAGAAGUUUGAAAACUGUGUGUUGCUCACGCGCGUUGGCGGCUUUUAUGAGCUCUACUUGAACCAGGCUGAAGAGUACGGACCCUUGCUGAAUCUUAAGGUCGCGCAGAAGAAGACUAAUGCUGGACCUGUGCCUAUGGCUGGCUUCCCGUUCUUCCAGCUAGAGCGAUUUCUUAAGACCUUAGUCCUGGAUCUAAACUGCUAUGUCGCUAUAGCAGAGGAAUUCCCCAAUGAUCCUGGCGAUAGAAUCAAAUCGAAUGGAUUAAUGCAUGAUCGAAGGGUCACCCGUGUCAUCACACCAGGAACGCUUAUAGAUGAGAAUUUCAUGGAUCCGUACGCUAAUAACUAUGUUAUGGCAGUUCAUGUGAACCAUCAGGAAGUGGAUUCUUCUAGUUCACAAGAAUCUAAUAAGAGUGGUAGAACGGAGCUAGAAAGCCUUGCGGAAUUCCAAGUCAAUGCUUCCACACCAAUAGGUCUGGCAUGGGUAGACAUAUCCACGGGCCAGUUCUACACACAAGCAACUACGGUCACAUCGCUCGGGUCUAUUCUCUCCCGCGUUGGCCCCAGAGAAGUAGUAGUAGACGAGCUUCUCGAGUCGCAAAAAGAUCAUCACUUAUUCUCGGUCCUAGCUGAAGACAAGCAGUUAAUCACAUUCGCACCACACAGCGAACACCUACCACUAUCAGCAUGGACUCCGAUGCUGGAAUCCGAUGUUCCCACGCAGACAGCACAAAGCUUCACACCGGAUGAGGUUCAAGCCGGAAGCUUGCUUCUUCAGUAUGUUCGGGACCGUUUGCAAGGGCUGAGUAUGAAGCUACAGCCGCCGCAGCGGUACGAAAACAUGUCCGUCAUGUCUAUUGACAAAAGCACCAUGCGCUCGCUCGAGAUCAAGCAAACUAUUCGUGAUAGUGCCUUUCGAGGUAGCUUACUACAUAUCGUCCGGCGGACCGUUACUAAAGGAGGUGCUCGAUUACUGAAUGCUUGGCUUAGCGCACCCUCGACAUGCCUAAAGACUAUUACGUCGCGACAAGAUCUUGUGAAGUCUUUUAUCCAGUACCCCGACCUUCGCGAUGAAAUCGUGUUGCUGCUUAGGAGGAGCCAUGAUUCACAACGCUUGGUCCAGAAAUUCGCUCUUGGAAGGGGAGAUCCGGACGAUCUCAUAGCCCUUGCUAAUACUAUCAGAGCUACUCAAGAUAUCGUCUCGCUCUUGGGGACUUCACAAGAACAAGAGAAUACUACAUCAAAUUUGGAGGACAUGUCUACUUCAGAGGGAUCGUCUUGCUUCGAUCCUCUCCUCUCCCGCAUCAAGCUCAAAGAACCAGCCGCCUUAGCCGACCGCAUCAAGACCUCCAUCGAUGAAGAUGGCCUGGUACAACAACACCGAGAUGAGGACAGCGAGGCGAGCCAACUCAUGACCCUCGCCGAAGACGUCGUUGCAUCAGAAGGUGCCAAAGGCGAUCCUUCUAUCUUGCCUAAAGCGGCCGUAGCCGCCAAUAGUAAACGAAAAAAGCAACCCACUUCUAUCAGAGACCACUAUAGCGUCGAUGAUAACAUUGCCUUCGUCAUGAAACCCGAAGCCAGCCACGGCCUGCGCGAACUCCAUAAUAAGUUCCAAACCCUACUUCAAGAGAAAACAGCCCUAGCUGAAUCUCUACGCACACGUUUCGGCGCCGCCAGUCUGACGUUACGCUGGACGCCAACAGGGGGCCAUGUGUGUCAUGUCAAGGGAGUGCGGGAUAUGAAACGGAUCGUGGACUACGAUAACAGCGACGGCAAAGGCGAUGAAGCGAUAGUAGUAAGCUCAAGCCGAAGCACGCGAACAUUCCACGCAUCGGAGUGGACAGCUUUAGGUCGACGAUUGCACCAAACACGUUUCGAAAUCGGCGCCGAAGAACAACGAAUUUUCGCCGAUUUACGCGCAAUGGUCGUAGCCAAUCUCGUAAAACUACGCCGCAACGCAGCUGUCCUCGACGAACUCGACGUAACAGCUUCAUUCGCACGACUCGCUUCUGAAAAGGGGUGGACAAGACCUGUUUUACUCGAUACUACAUCCAUCACCAACCCCAACCCCAACCUCAACCCCACCCCCGGAUCCCUCUCCACAGCACAACACAUAGUAAUCGGCGGCCGGCAUCCCACCGUCGAAGCCGGACUCCGCGAACAAGGCCGCUCAUUCACCGAAAACGACUGUCUAAUCGGCGGCACCAGCACCAGCACCACCAACACGGCACACGGCACACUAUCCCUAAUAACCGGUCCAAAUAUGGCCGGUAAAUCCACCUACCUCCGCCAAAACGCACUCAUCGCCAUCCUAGCACAAGCCGGAUGCUGGGUUCCCGCCUCCCACGCAACCCUCGGCAUCGCCGACGCAGUAUUCUCACGCGUCGGAUCCGCAGAUAACCUCUUCGCGGACCAGAGCACAUUCAUGGUCGAAAUGCUCGAAACAUCGCGAAUCCUACGCGCCGCAACACCGCGAUCUUUUGUGAUAAUGGAUGAAGUCGGCCGCGGAACCGCUCCUCACGACGGUGCCGCUGUCGCGUUUGCUGCUUUAUAUCAUUUGGUCCGCGUGAACCGGUGUAGAGCCCUAUUCGCGACGCAUUUCCACGGUCUAGCGGAUAUGGUAACUGCGCGUGAGUUACAUGUGGAUCAGGGAGGUGUGAUAGAGACGUGGUGUACUGAUGUGGAGGAGAGUGAGGGAGGGUUUAUUUACGUGCACAAGUUACGGAAAGGGGUGAAUCGGCAAAGCCAUGCGUUGAAGGUAGCGAGAUUGGCUGGACUACCCGAAGCGGCUAUUGCUAUUGCGAGGGAGAUACUUGGGAAACACGAUGACAGCAACAAUGGCAAGGGUGAUUACCUGAAGAAAACUCAAAGUCAAAAUACGGUGUUAGAUCACGAUACCCCUAUUCCUACGAAACAGUCGACUGAAGCAGCAUAA